CACAUAACAAGUCUCUCUCAUAACCUAAAUUUUCAGCAUUCGCAGUCAAGUAACUAGCUUUACCUUGCUUCCUUCUUCUCCUUCUCCUUCUUCUAAUUUUCCAUGCUGGGGUUUGUGAUUUUUUACCAUUCUAUUUGUUAAGGAAGAAUGGAAUUAAGCAGAACAGUUCGAUUUGGGCAGCUUUGGUUCUAAACUACUUCACUACUGAAUCGUAAUUUAAAGAAUUUUGCUUUUUCCCUUCUAGUAUGGCGUCUUGUGUAUCUCCGCCUUUCACGCCAUCUCGUACUCAAAUUUCAGUAGGACGAAGGAUUUCAACAGAAAACCGAUUUGGUAGAAUAGUUACGGCCCAAAGGUUUGACAAGAAGAAAGGUUCAUGGGGCGCAUGUGGAAGAAAUGUCGUCAGUAUCUCGCAAAUUAGGUGUUCGGUUAACUCUCACAAUAUCAGUCCAAAUCACAAAGACUCUUUCCUGGAUUUACACCCCGAGGUUUCAAUGCUCAGAAGUGAUGCAAAUGACACAUAUUCUAGUCUGAGAAAGGAGACGUCUGGAAGAAAUGUCACCGAGAGCUCAGGGGAUACCUCUUUUAUGAGCAACUACAAUGAAGCCAAGAUCAAGGUUGUUGGUGUUGGAGGUGGUGGGUCUAAUGCUGUUAAUAGAAUGAUCGAGAGUUCUCUGACGGGGGUGGAGUUUUGGAUAGUGAACACAGAUAUUCAGGCAAUGAAGAUGUCACCAGUGCUCCCAGAGAAUCGAUUGCAAGUUGGCAAAGAGCUGACUAGAGGUCUGGGUGCUGGUGGAAACCCGGAUAUAGGCAUGAAUGCUGCAAAUGAAAGCAAAGCGGCGAUAGAGGAGGCACUUUAUGGUGCAGACAUGGUCUUCAUAACAGCUGGAAUGGGUGGAGGAACUGGCACUGGUGGGGCUCCAGUUAUUGCUGGCGUUGCAAAGUCUAUGGGAAUACUGACUGUUGGUAUUGUUACAUCACCGUUUUCUUUUGAGGGCCGAAGACGCGCUGUUCAAGCUCAGGAAGGAAUCGCGGCUCUGAGAAACAAUGUCGACACAUUAAUUGUUAUUCCUAAUGACAAGUUGCUGACUGCAGUUUCUCAAUCAACCCCAGUGACAGAGGCAUUUAACUUGGCUGAUGACAUACUUCGGCAAGGUGUUCGUGGUAUCUCUGACAUCAUCAUGGUGCCAGGUCUGGUUAAUGUUGAUUUUGCUGAUGUUCGAGCUAUCAUGAAAGAUGCAGGUUCUUCUCUUUUGGGAAUAGGAACUGCAACUGCAGGGAAGACCAGGGCUAGAGACGCUGCAUUGAAUGCCAUCCAAUCACCUUUGUUAGAUAUUGGCAUUGAAAGAGCUACUGGGAUUGUGUGGAAUAUAACUGGUGGAACUGAUUUAACAUUGUUUGAGGUGAAUGCUGCAGCGGAGGUUAUAUAUGACCUAGUGGAUCCAACUGCAAACCUGAUAUUUGGAGCAGUGAUUGAUCCAGCACUAAGUGGUCAAGUUAGCAUAACCCUGAUCGCCACUGGAUUUAAUCGCCGGGAUGAAGGUGAAGGACAGGGGACGCAGCGUGCUCAUGGUGAUGUUUCUCUUGGAACAAAUAGACGUCCACCAUACGCCGAUGGUGGCUCUGUGGAGAUUCCUGAGUUCUUGAGGAAGAAGGGCCGUUCUCUCUUCCCACGAAUGUGACCUGUUUUGCUCGUUAUUUCAUUGUAUUGAAAUGUAUAUUCUUCUUCUCUUUGUUUUUUCUUUUCCUCUCUGAGAUCUUCUCCUGACACCCUUUAGAGUUGACUGGAAUGCUAGAGAUUCACUCAGAAAAUAAUUGUUUAAGUUUAGAUUUUUAAAAUUGCAUUUGUGGUAUGUGUAGAGCCUCCAAUUCUUUUCUUCAAAUAAAGAAUUUGGUAGUACAUCAAUAUGACAUUGAUCUAUGCCUUUUGGGUGAUAUAAUAGAAUCCUAGUGAGAUGCCACUUAUUAUUUCUUGUUUUGGCCCCUUGAAGCUUUCUUACCACCUGUGCCUGGUUACCUUUUUUCAGUGAUUUUUCAACUCAGAUUAUUUUGGGGAUCAAAAUAGGUUCUUAGUCUUCAUCUUAGCAUUAAGUAUGAUACUCUCAAAAAUAUAUCUCAUGUUCUCUAUAUAGAUAUCAUAAAAUCUUUGCCGCAGGAAAUCAAUUUCUGUGAUCCUGUUCUGUUUUUAUGCUCAUCCACAUGUUUGCUCCCUAGAAAAUCAAUUCCUGUGUGCUACCUUUCCACCUCAAUUAAUUCACAUACCAAAUCAACCGACGGUAUUGGACCAAACCUAGCGAGUGCACACCGCGCACACUUGUUGGCCACCUUCAGCCAUCCAAAAAACAGAAACAUAUUUUUUAUUUUAAAGAGUCCUGCUGUGUACUAUUCAAAUCAACCUGUCUAUACCAACUUAAGCCACACAAAUCUGACCACAACAAGAAGCAUGGAUGAUGAGACGUAGGGUUGUCUGAUACCAUACAAAAAAAAUUAACACUUGUGAUCUGUAUUAUCACUUUCCUCCCAUCUAUUCUUUCUUGCACACACAAUCAAGAUUUUAUAAGCCUCAAGCCCUGUCAAAAUCUACCCAGCACUCCCCGGUGUAGCAAGCCCCGGUAUUUUGCUUCAAAAUGGAGGGCACGCAUUUGUCAUCUAUGAAACAAGAACCCUCCUCCGAUCCAGGAAAACCCACCACUAGGAAUAUUGCAUUUUCUUGGCAUCCAAAGUCACCUUCUAGGGCAGAAACCUCGCAAAUCAUGAACAAAGCACAAACAUGGUGUUCUUAUCCUGGAGUGGAGAAUGUUGGGAAUGAAGUGAAAGAGCAGGCAGCUGAGGCAUUGAUUUUAAUGCACAGAGAAAGUGUUACUCUUACUGCUACUACUACAGGACGUGAGAGACUAAAGAGGCAUAGAGAAGAGGUGAGUGGCAAGGUGAUGAUUCCGGAUACAUGGGGUCAGGAAAAUUUGCUUACAGAUUGGAUUGAUUAUUCAUCAUUUGACAAGCUGUUAGCCCCAAAAGGAAUCACAUCAGCUCGUGAAGCACUUGUCGCUGAGGGACGUAGAGCCAGAACUUCUCAUCAACGAUUGGGAGUAGAAAGUAGCUGUUAAUUAAAUAAAUGAUGAAUCUCUUUAAUUAUCUUUCUCCUUGCUUAAUUUUCUAGAUUUGAUCUGGCAGGAGAGCCUCGUUAUAUACAUGAUGGCAUGAAAUCCUUGAGUGCUUUCUUUGAUGGGCCAUGAUUGUUUUUGUAGAUUGUAGAAGUGGAAGCAUGUGAUUCUCUAAUUAAUUAUACACCACUUUAAUUGCUCUUAA